AAAAGACCGGUAAAACUCAGAAAGAUAAAAAAGAUAAAACUGAGAGUAAAAAAAAAGAUAAAGCCGAGGGUCAAACCAAAAGUGAACCUGAGGGUCAAACCAAAGGUGAAACUCAGGGUGAAACCAAAGGUAAACCUGAAGGUGAAACCAAAGGUAAACCUGAAGGUGAAACCAAAGGCGAAACUGAAGGUGAAACUGAAGGUGAAAAGAAAAGUCAAACUGAGAUAGAACUAGAGUUAUUCAUGAAAAACUAUUUAUUUUUUCAAUUUAGAGAGGAUUUUACUUUAAAUCAAGGCCUUUUCCAAGAUCUCCAAAUCUAUUGUCUCUUGCUUAGAAUGAUAAAUCGAAAAAAAAUGAUGCUAUCAUGGAUUCUAAGGGAAAAGUUAAAUUUGGGUCUAAUGCCACAGAUGGAUCAGAAAGAGAGUGUUCCAGAUUCAAAAAGAAAUGUUCCAGAUUCAAAAGAGAGUGUUCCAGAUUCAAAAGAGAGUGUUCCAGAAUUUUUAAAAAAGACGGGAUUUUUGGUCGACCCCCUUCCGCUGUCUAUCAAACCAAAUGGAGAAUUUCUUAUGUAUGAAACGAUAGUUAUUUCGUUGGUUCAUAAGAGUAAACCAAAUUCUUAAUAAAGAAGACGUAAAACAAAGAAUAAUUCGCGCUCGAGAGAACAAUAAUUGUGAUCCGCUUCUUAUUGAAAAUAUUUUAUCAUCUAGGCGUCGUAGAGAAUUAAGAACUCUAAUUUGUUUCAAUUCACACAAAUGGAAUGGCGUGGAUGCAAAUUCUCUAGUUUCCAACAAAAAUAAAGUUUGGGAAGAAAGCAACCCUGGGCCUAAGGAUCAAAAUAAAUUAAUUGAAUUUUUUCUUUGGCCUAAUUAUCGAUUGGAAGAUUUAGCUUGUAUGAAUCGUUAUUGGUUUUAUACUAAUAAUGGGAGUCGUUUCAGUAUGUUAAGGAUCCAUAUGUAUUUACCAUUGAAUUUAAAUUGGUGGAAAUUUAAUUGAUAGUAGUACUAUCUACCCUGUAGCAGGGUAGAUGGUAGCAGGUUAGAUGAAAACCAAUAUGGAC